AUGAUCACGCUCCCCAAGGUUGCUCAGAUGGCUCUACCUUUUCAUUUGGAUCUCUUGUUGCCGAUGAGUAGCAUAACGAAAUAUUUUAACACCUAUUGGACGUACGUUUUUUAUACGUUGGUAGAUGACGCAGCGGCGGCGGGGAGUGGGAAGCGAAAAGCGCCAAUGGAUUCUCGACCGAACAAAACCAGUAUAAGUGGUCGAUCAGAAGAAGGGAGAUUCCAUCGUCCUCCGGAAGAAGAGAAAGAUUGGCACAAUAAUGUACCGAACAAUGUACUCGGCCGCGCACAUUCUAUAUCGGAUGACAUUUGGGCCGGCAUCAAGUAUAUCCAUAGAGAGCUCCGUGGCAAAGAUGAAAAAGCCAAGCGAGAACGGGUCAACUUUAAGAUUCCGACGUCUUACAACUGGGAUGUGUCCACAGAAGAGAACUAUGCCAUGAAAGUUAAACAGCAAGUAAAAGAUGAGCAGAAUUGUGACCUGUUUUCCUGGAGUUUCGAGCAAAGAAUAAUAGUCGAGAACGGGACCGCGAUAACAGAUCCGAAGGUUUUGGCGAAGCUAUACCCAAAUGACUCUCUUAGGAGAAAUAUCGAUUACACUUACCACAGUCACUACAAAUCAAACCGUAGGUUACUACAGAACGCAAUCGUUUCGAGUCUCAUAGUGAGCGUCGUCGAGGACAAGAUCACACCGGGAGUGUACUGUGAAAGACCGGAAGGACAGUGGAUUGUAUUUACAGCGGGAGCGAUGGGUGCAGGAAAAACACAUGUACUUAAAUGGCUCUGGACAGAGGGGUUCUUUCCUUUACAUUCAUUCGUACAAGUGAGCGUGGAUCGCAUCCGGACCAGACUUCCAGAGUACCACCAAUAUAUGAAUAGAAAUCAAGAAAGCGCCGGGACGAACACAAAUAUGGAAUCGGGCUACAUCGCAGAGUUGCUGCUCGGGGCAGCAAUCAUGGACGGUCGCAAUGUUAUCGUGGACGGAUCAUUGAAGAGUUGGGAAUGGCAUAAGAGUACAAUACAACAUUUGAGGCGGAAGUACGACAAAAUCCAAGUGGGUAUUAUCCACAUCGAAGCGUCGGAAAAGAUGGUGAGGCAGCGAGCAAAGGAACGAGAGCAAAAGACCGGGCGACAUAUCCCUUAUAAAACUCUCCUGUCCGCUUUCGACACUGUGCCAGAUUCGGUGGAGAAGUUGCGCGACAGUGUGGACGUGGUUUUUACCAUACUAAAUGAUGAGCAGGGACAGCCUCCAGUGCUCACCUCGGGUGGGGAUUGGAAUCUCUUCAGUGAAACCUUCGAGCAGGCAUGUGCCUGGAUUCCAGGACGAAAACAUCACUGAGUGUGCAUGUAAGCGGGACUUUUUCUUUUUAUUGACAACUAGCUUUCUCCAUAUAUCUCUAAUGGUACAAUGAAGGAACUGCGAUGCAAGAAGGAUGUUUUGCAUAUUUUUUUAAUCGGCUGAUAAGUCUUCGCAUGUACACUAAUGCCGAUCCUUCAAUUCGGAAAGAGGCAUAGCAGUCCUCUUUAUGAACGAUUCUAAACUUCCUUUGCGCAAUACUAUUGUUGCUCUUGAAGGGCGAGAACGCUAAUUAUGAUAAUUAUGCCCAAGGAAACAAAACGAUAAAGAGAAU